CAUAAGAUUUCAUGCGGAAAAAAAAAUUCACAAAGGUUUUAUACUGAUAACAGUAUAUUAAGUGUUUACUUUGUACACAGCGUCUUUGUUCCAGACACUUGCCAUGUCUCAUUUACUCUCACACCACCACCACAGCGUCCUUUAAAGAUGAGAAGACAACCUCAGGGAGAUGAUGUAUUUGCCUAGGUCCCAUAGCUAGCAAGUGACAGCGCUGCAGUUUAAGCUCACGCCGCCUUGGGGAGAGACCGUGCUCUUUUACCAUUGCACUUUAAGCUGACUUUAGGGAAAACACAAUCUGAGUUUUGGCAAGUUUACCUCUGGCACAUGCAGUUCCGAGCACUGCUUUUUAGCUAAAAUGCCCAGUGAUGUCAACUCUGUCCCUGGAUUUCUACAACCCGAUGAGUCAAUAUUCAGAAGAGACGUCGAAAGGAAAGGGUUCAAUAGACAGAAAACACACCAGACACUCCCAGAAGCCCCAGAACCCUCGCCUCUGCCGGCGCGGGAGGCCAAGACGUCACUUAAACGCGCUGCCGCCUCCUCGCCUCGCCCCGCCCCGCCCCUGCGCGGAAGUCUGUCCGGGCUUUCGCGUCACCACCCUGCCCACCAGGGUGGCGCGUGGCUUACGCAACGGUUACUGGGCUCCUGGGCCGCUCCCGGGCCAGCGAGGGCUGCGAAAGAGUUGUAGCAUGCACACCACAGAAUCAAAAAAUGAACAUUUGGAGGAUGAAAACUUCCAAACAUCUACAACUCCUCAGAGUCUCAUUGAUCCUAAUAAUACUGCACAUGAAGAAACUAAAACUGUCCUAUUAGAUACAGAAGAAAUAAAACCACAGACAAGAAAGGAGACGUACAUUUCUUGUCCUCUAAGAGGAGUAUUGAAUGUAAUUAUUACAAAUGGAGUUACACUGUUUGUGAUAUGGUGUAUGACCUGGUCAAUCUUAGGCUCUGAAGCUCUCCCUGGUGGAAAUUUAUUUGGAUUGUUAAUUAUUUUUUAUAGUGCCAUUAUUUGGGGAAAAAUUUUACAACGCAUUAGAAUACCUUUAGUGCCUCCACUUCCACCUCUUCUUGGGAUGUUACUGGCUGGUUUUACGAUUAGGAAUGUUCCAUUCAUCAAUGAACAUGUCCAUGUUUCUAAGACAUGGUCUUCAAUUUUAAGAAGCAUUGCCCUUACCAUUAUUCUAAUACAAGCUGGGCUUGGACUCGAUCCACAGGCUUUGAGGCAUUUGAAGGUGGUUUGUUUCAGAUUGGCUGUAGGUCCAUGCCUUAUGGAGGCAAGUGCAGCUGCUGUUUUUUCCCACUUCAUUAUGAAAUUUCCCUGGCAAUGGGCAUUUCUAUUAGGUUUUGUCCUAAGUGCUGUCUCUCCUGCUGUUGUUGUCCCUUACAUGACGAUGUUGCAAAAAGAUGGAUAUGGUGUUGAGGAAGGCAUUCCAACCUUACUAAUGGCUGCUAGCAGUAUGGACGACAUUCUGGCUAUCACUGGAUUCAAUACAUGUUUGAGCAUAGUCUUCUCCUCGGGUGGUAUACUUAAUAAUGCCGUAGCCUCUAUAAGGAACGUAUGUAUUAGUCUGCUGGCAGGAAUUGUUUUGGGAUUUUUUGUUCGAUAUUUUCCAAGUGAAGACCAGAAAAAACUUGCAUUGAAGAGAGGAUUCCUUGUUUUGACUAUGUGUGUUUCUGCUGUCUUAGGCAGCCAACGUAUUGGUUUACAUGGAUCUGGAGGAUUAUGCACACUAGUGUUGAGUUUCAUUGCAGGGACAAAAUGGUCCCAAGAAAAGAUUAAAGUCCAAAAGAUUAUUACAAAUGUAUGGAAUAUUUUUCAACCACUUCUUUUUGGCUUAGUUGGAGCAGAAGUAUCUAUUUCAUCACUUGAAUCAAAUAUUGUUGGCAUAUCUGUUGCCACUCUGAGUUUGGCAUUAUGUGUUCGAAUUUUAACCACCUAUCUAUUGAUGUGCUUUGCUGGUUUUAGUUUUAAGGAGAAAAUAUUUAUUGCUUUAGCAUGGAUGCCCAAAGCUACAGUACAGGCUGUGUUAGGUCCUCUGGCUCUAGAAACAGCAAGAGUCUCCACACCCCACUUGGAACCAUAUGCGAAGGAUGUGAUGACAGUAGCAUUUUUAGCCAUCUUGAUCACAGCUCCAAAUGGAGCUCUACUUACGACCAUUCUGGGGCCUAAAAUGCUUACACGCCAUUAUGAUCCAAGCAAAAUAAAACUGCAGUUGUCAACAUUAGAACAUCAUUAAAAAGUUUACCUGUCA